UUCCUCCUCGCGGAUUUCUCUUGAAUGAUUUCACCCACAAUUAUCUUCUUAUUCGUUUCAAACAAGCUACAUCUAUUUAUUAGUGAGGGAACACGAAGAUAAAUGAAAUGUCUGCAAAACCCACGUGUUUGAUUGUGGCGAGUGCGUCUCCUCAAGGUGUGUCAGCGACGUCAUUCCAUCAGUCCUUCAGCCUUUGUGCCUCCGUGUUUAAUCUGCAGACAGCCACACCUGGGGGGAAGCCAAUAGACUUUGUAGGAGUUGAUGAAAGCACUGCUCGAUGGGUGCAGGACUUCAACCUGAAACCCUACGCAACACCCGCCAAACUUGAAUCUAUAGAUGGUGCUCGGUACCAGGUGCUGCUCAUCCCGGACUGUCCCGGAGCGCCGAAUGACCUGGCACACAGCGGCUCCCUGCACCGCAUCCUCACACACUUCAUCUCUCACCAAAAGCCUGUUUGUGCAGUGGGACAAGGCGUGUCGGCGCUGUGCUGUGCCACUGAGGGACAGCGGUGGAUCUUCAAUGGCUACAGCUUAACAGGGCCGUCAGUGUUUGAACUGGUGCGGAGACCUGACUUUGCCAACCUGCCCUUGGUUGUGGAAGACUUUGUGAAAGACAGUGGUGGAUCAUACACAGGUGAGCUGACCUGCACUGACAAUUUGGUAAAUACUUAUUUGGCGUUAAAAAAAAUUACAAAAAUCCUUUCAUGUGUAUGUCUUCGUUUUUCAGCAAGUCAAGAAGAUGCUGUGCAUGUCGUGAUAGACAGACACUUAAUAACUGGCCAGAAUAUGCAGUCAACCUCACUUGCUGUAAAUAACCUAAUCCUGCUCUCCAGUGCAAAAUAAGAACAGAAACAAAUUAACAUCAGGAGCAUUCAAAUUCAACUGUUUAGUUGUUCGACAUUUAUAUUCAUGUAAUUAAACAAACGUUCAUCUCGGAUGCUGGGUAAGAACUGAUGUUUGGCAACAUUGUAAAUACAACUUCUCAAUGCUGUUAUUAUGAACAUAAUCAAAUAUCAAAAGCAGAUGCAGUUUUGAGGAAGUCAGAAGGAUUCACAGCAAGCAAAGCUGCACCCAAGAGUAGAAAUAUGUGUGUGCACAAAAGAACAGAUUUUUUGGGAUUUGGACUGAGGAGAGGCUGCUGAUGUCUGGUCAGUGAACGAGAGAGAAAAUAACCUUUCAUUUCAACGUUAUAGAUAUUGAUUAUCAUGCACCCUCUGUUGAUGAAGGGAGAUGAGUCACUGCACUUUGACUAAACUGUACAAAUUGAAUUGUUUUCCACAAUACCAUCAAUGAUGAGGAAUAAAAACAUACUGAAGUA